AUGGCUUCCAACACGGGUGCAGAGGUAGACUUCAAACUAUACCGCUAUACGCCCUCUCUCGUGGCUGCAAUCCUUUUCACAAUUCUGUUUGUGCUCGCAACCUUCUAUCACCUUUAUCAGGUUGUUCGUACCCGAUCCUGGUACUUUAUAGUAUUCGUCAUCGGAGGAGCCUUUCAAAUCAUAGGUUACAUUUGCCGCGCGCUAGCCCAUAACAACAAAGAGAAUAUCCCACUUUACUCGAUUAGCACGAUCAUGAUCCUUCUUGCUCCUCCUCUCUAUGCAGCCUCCAUAUACAUGACUCUCGGUCGUCUCAUUGUGCAUUUGAACGCUGAGAAGUUAAGUAUGGUGCCAGUGAAAUGGCUUACCAUAAUUUUUGUCUCGGGAGACGUGAUUGCAUUUUUGAUGCAAGCAGCAGGUGGAGGGAUCAUGGCAAGUGGAACUCUUUCCGCAAUGACCACCGGCGAACAUAUCACGAUUGGCGGUCUUGUCGUCCAAUUGGUGUUCUUCAGCGUUUUCAUUGUAGCUGCAACAAUCUUUCACUGUCGGAUUCGCAAAAGUCCCACCGAGAAGUGUUUUAACCCAGUACGCUCAUCUGGAGUACUGCAAAUGCCUACUUGGGAAAUUGUCAUGACUGGGCUAUACGUGGCCAGCAUUCUGAUUCUCAUUCGGUCCAUUUUCCGACUCAUUGAAUAUGCCCAGGGCAACAGUGGAUACCUGAUCAGCCACGAGGCGUUCCUAUAUGUCUUUGAUUCAACGUUGAUGCUAUUCGCCAUGGUUGCGAUGAGUAUUUUCCACCCAUCGAAGAUUCUUUCCCAAUCAACGAAGCCACUGCGCUCUUCGAGACGGUCGCGUUCAGCAAGGAAGGAACAACCUUUGACAAGAGAAGAAGUCUAG